AUGGGCUUCCCUGAGCGUCUUGGAGACGUGACACCCGAGGUGGUAAUGCAAGCUCAGAUUGAGAUGAGGCGAAAAAUAGAGGACCUCGUGGACAGAACCAAGAUCCAGAAGGGCGAGGUCGAUGUUCUCAUUGUUGGCGGGGGAGCUCCUAUAAUUCGGACCGAUGAACCUCUUUCCGGCGUACGCAUGGUGCGAACUGUCAAGGGUGGUGAAGUCGCCAAUGCCGUUGGUGCUGCUGUAUCACGAGUUUCCGGGGUGAUCGAUACUGUCAUCGAUACAUCCAACCGAACGGUCAAGGAUGCACAGGAGGAGGUAUCCGAACUUGCGACCAAAAAAGCGAUCUCAAAUGGCGCCAGACCUGAUACUAUUCAAAUUGCAGAGGUAACCAUAUUGCCGAUCCAGUAUGUAGAGGCAAAAGCACGAAUUGUGAUCAGAGCGGUCGGAGAGCUAGACGUGGUCUUGCAGCAGGAGUCAUCUGGAAAUUCUAUUGAGAUUCCUUCUUUCGAAGAUGAUCCAUCAAGUCAUCGACAGCACUGUGGCCAGGAAUUUGCCUCGGACAAAGAAGUCGACAUCCGGGCAUAUAGGCCAGAAGUAAGAGAUAGACAGUGGAUCAUUUCUCCAACCGAUCUCUCAUUCAUCGCCAAUGGGUGUAAGAUUCUUGGAUGCGGUGGUGGUGGAGACCCAUAUCAAGAAUAUCUCAAAGCUAAGGCCAUUGUUCGUCAACAUCCCGGGAAAAUGAGAGUUGUCGCACCUGAACACUUUCCCGACGAGUCUCUGAUUGGAUGGACCGGCUGUAUGGGCAGCCCGGAGGUUAGCAUGGAACGACUUGAGAAUAAUGAGUGUCUUCAAGCCCACGAAGAGUUAAUGCGCGUCAUGAAAAGCCCGCCAGUUUCCGGCUUCUUGUCACUGGAAAUAGGCGGUGGUAAUGGAGUCGUUAAUCUGAGCGUGGCCGCCCAUUACGAGGUACCCUGCGUGGACGCCGAUUUCAUGGGCCGCGCAUACCCGACCACAUUUCAGAUCACCCCGAAUGUUUAUGGACCACCCAGUGGUGAUGCCCUUGUCCCGAACACCAUUGCAAGCGGCGAUGGAUCGUUUAUCACGAUGACUAGGUCCCGAACAGACGUACUAGUCGACAAAGCCCUUCGAGCGGCUUGUGUGGAGAUGGGGUGCAGAGCUGGGAGUGCCGGAGCGCCUAAAACUGCCAAAGUUGUCCAGGAGCAGGCUGUAACGAAUACCGUGUCACUUGCCUGGUGGAUUGGAAGAGCAGUAGCACUUGAGAAAAACAUUUCAGACAAAGCCCUUCGCAUAAUUGAUGAAGUCGGAGGCCCAGACAGCGCGGCAAUUAUUGCAAGAGGUAAGGUUAUUAGUGUUGAGCGAAUACUGAAGACUGGGCACACGUAUGGUGUCCUGGAAGUCGAUGGCACAACGAGGGACGGAACCAAGGCGCUCAUCAAAGUUCCUUUCAAGAACGAAAAUGCCUUUGUUGAAGCGAUAUCGGAUGGAAAAUCCAAGAUCCUGGCAUCUGUGCCGGAUCUGAUUGCUGUGAUAGAUGCAGAGACUGGGGCUGGUCUUGGAACACCAGAGUACAAGUAUGGCCUAAAAGUGGUUAUCAUCGCCAUAGCUGCUUCGCCGAGAUGGACUGACAGUAAAAGAGGAAUGGAAUUGGGAGGGCCGGGCUCAAUGGGAUUCAAAGAGGUUCAAUAUGCUCCCAUUGGCAAGUACAGCAAGCCUCGAAGUGUCAUUGAUGUUUUUGGUUGA